AUGACUCAAAGACAGCUGCAUCACCAAGAUCAUGCCAGCAUGGUGAUGAUUCACAAAUGCUUCAUCCCUGUAGGUCCUGGCACAGCAUGCAGACAGCUCACAUGGCCAGAGUCUCCUCUUACCAGCAAUAGUAGGAGAUCCGGUCUCCAGCGGCAGGCGAGCAGCGGUCACCGCUCGCCCGACUUUGGUGCUGCUCAGGCAGGUUGUUGGUGUGCAGUGAAGGAUGAAGAAGAACUUCCUGAACCAAACAUUUCUCUUGGAGUGCCACAUGUUAACACUCCCAAGGCAGGUUCUUUCUUCACACAGACAACUUACCCUUGUGAUGUAUGUGGCCCCAUUUUGAAUGGUCUUUUGGAAGUGGACAAACACCAAGGAACACACACUGCACUUAUAACGUAUUCGUGCAGGGCAUGUGAGAAACAGUUCUGGUUAAGUGAAAGCUUUUGCCAUAACCUAAAGCAUAACACUGUAGAGAAUUCUUCACAAAAUAAUCAAGGCGAAGCCUCGUUAUUUAAGAAUUCCAAAGGUCCUGUAGAGCCUUACUCUUCAGAGAAGCCUUCAGUGUUUGAGGUGGAGCAGAGGAACCUUCAGGACAGUACGAUUAGUCCCCGACGAAAGGUCUCCUGUAGCCAGAAGAAUACAGGGAGCACUGAGAAUGAAGACGACUUUCAUGUUGGACAAAUGCAUUAUAAAUGUAGUGAGUGUGGGAAAGGUUUUAACCGCAAAGAUACCCUGGUGCAGCACCAGAGGAUCCACAGUGGAGAAAAGCCUUUUGAGUGCAGGGAAUGUGGGAAAGCCUUCAGCCGCAAAGCCACACUCGUCCAGCACCAGAGGAUCCACACUGGAGAAAGACCAUAUGAAUGUGGUGAAUGUGGAAAAGCCUUCAGUCGGAAAGACAACCUCGCUCAGCACAGGAGAAUCCACACUGGAGAAAUGCCAUAUAAGUGCACUGAAUGUGGGAAAUACUUUAGUCAUCAUUCCAACCUCAUAGUACACCAGCGAGUUCACAGUGGAUCGAGGCCUUAUAAGUGCAGUGAUUGUGGGAAAGUAUUCAGACACAGAUCUACACUUGUUCAGCAUGAAAGUAUCCACACUGGAGAAAACCCUUAUGAUUGCAGUGCUUGUGGGAAAUCCUUUGGGCACAGAUACACCCUCAUUAAACAUCAGAGAAUUCACACCGAGACAAAGCCUUUUGAAUGCACUGAAUGUGGGAAGCUUUUCAGUAGAAGCUCUGAUUUUAUAGCACACCAAAGGGUUCACACUGGGGAAAGGCCUUUUGUGUGCAGCAAGUGUGGGAAAGAUUUCAUCCGAACCUCCCACCUUGUUCGGCACCAGAAAGUUCACUCUGGAGAAAGACCAUAUGAGUGCGGUGAGUGUGGGAAAGCCUACAGCUUAAGCUCCCACCUGAAUCGGCACCAAAAGAUCCACGCAGCAAGAAGACUGUAGGAGGUGCUUGCAACACAGUGUUCAGUCAGGUGCCGAGUCUCAGACAGAGCUAUGUUGUACUUUCUGUCCAGCUCAAGUAACUUGCCAGAGUUCUUUCACUCAUUGCAUAUGGCUGAAAUCACUUGAAUGCCUCCAUCUUGGUCUUUCCAACAUCCUCUGGAAAGAAAACUUAUUUACUCAGCCCAGUCCCUGUAAUAAUUGUGAAGCACACUUGACAACAGUAAGAUUUCUCUCUCUGUCAUAACUGACUGGUAGACUUGUCUUCAGUCAAGAUGGUCUGAGCUGUGCUUGUAUCUGGCUUGCAAAGAUAAUUUACUUCAUAGAUGUUGUUUUUGUGUGAAAUAUUUUUAUUUGCUGAUUUGAGACAGUACUGUUAUUUGGCCUAAGCUAACCUUGAACUUCCCUUUCCUCAGUUCCUUAGUAGCUGAGAUUUUAGACAUGUGCCACUAUCUCCAGCUCUUUAUGAACUUUGUAACAUACUGUUUUUCCCAUCUUUUAUGUCAUCCAACCAGAACAAGUACUUUCCUCCAAUUACUCUGCUUGCCAAUGAUAAAUGCCUUAGAAUUGUGACUUUUAGUCUUAGGAAGGCUAGAGUGUAUUGAAAACAAAGUUAGGAUUUGACAAACUAAAGAUGUAAACAGUCCUGUAUUUUAAUAGGACAGUGAGUUGCUGAGAGCAAUUCUUAAUCUAGUUAUGGUGUUACCUUGUAUUGUUGAAAAAAGCUUCAUGGAUAAUAAUUUCAAGUAUUUGGAGGAUCUGACUUGACUGGAUUUCAGAGUUAUUUGAAGGACCACAAACUGGUUUUGCAGAAACUUGCCAUUUCCUUGGGAGCAGAAUGGAUCAUUUGUCUCAUUUCUAGUGCAUGUGCUAUCUCCUUGCACAGUUGAGGAAACCUAUAUAGCCUGUAUUUUCUGGGGUCAGGAUAGGGAUAUAGGCUACCUUCUAUAUAACCCAAAGUGCUACUAAACAAAAGUAUGGAAAUAGUGAAUGUGAAUAUUUGGAUUUACAGAUUAUUUCAAUUAACUACAGGGGAAAUUCUUUUUUUAAUUUUAUUUUUGGUAAGAACACUCUUAAAUGUUCUACUCAUGAUAACUGUGUAGGACAAGAAGAUUUGUAGAAUUCUUCAGGAUAACAUGCUGUACCACUUAGAACCAAGGUUACUAGCUCAACAUAGAUUUUUUUUUAUGGAUUCCUAUGCCUUCCUGAGAUCUUUGCCAAAUAUCUUUGCUUUAUAGGUAGUAACCCCAAGCAAAGAGUGAUACAAUACAAGAAUGAUUCAAGAACAUAACUUUUGUGAGUUGCCAGAAUUCUUGGUUAUAGUGGAAAUGGCCUUUGUUGCUUACCACUGGAGAGAUGGAUUCCUAAGGCAUGUGCAGUGAUAUGGUAGAAUUAAUUUAUUAAUGUCCACUUGUUUGAUUUUACAGUAGAAGUAGGUGGUCUGGAAAUUUAAUUAUUUUUUAGGCUUUAUGGAGUGUAAUCAGCAUUCUCCAUCUAUAUUGUGUAGUUUGAUAUAUGUGUAUAUACUGUAAAGCCACUCUAGCAGUUGAUUAUACCUCAGAGUUCUAAAUUUACCAUCAGGAUUUUUCUCAAUAUCCUUCUUCAUGCUCUUUACUCAAUUCCUAGGCAGCCAUAAAUUUUACUGUAUAUAUGUUCUUCAAGAGGUUAUAUGUCAAUUAGACUACCAAGUGUUUAUGUACAUUUUGUCUUCUGUAGAAGGAACAGUGGGCCGCAUUCCUGCUGCCCUGCUCCCGGCCACCUGGCUAGCUUAUGUCCCGAAAUAACAACACACAAAUUGUAUUCUUUUAAAUACU